CAUUAUAUUGAAGGAACACGCUGCAAGUUACCGGCGCUAGGUUAUAUAAGAUUGGUGAAUAGGGGUGAACAGUGAGCUCGGCCUUUGGGAAUAAUCUCAGCUUCUCUUCACCAGUUUUCCUUUGUUGUUUCGACAGAGCAGAAAGUGUCAAAAUGAGGAUCAUCCUGGCAGUGGCGCUUUGUGUUCUGCCCAUAGUUCUGGCUGGCGACUACAGCAAAAUGUGGGCAGAGCUGGAGGCAGAGCUGAAAGAGAAAAUGAGCGAGGCGGAUCAAGAGGGCAGAGGCGGAUGGGGCGAGCACAAAGGCUGGGGCGACAAAAGGCAAGAGAAAAACGACGACAAAGAAGACGAGAGCAGUGACUGGGGCGUGAAACAGCACAAGGGCUGGGGGGAGCAGAAAUCAAAGGGCUGGGGCGAAGAGAAGAGGAAAGACAGCGAGGAGCAACAAGAUUCUGAAAAGGAGACCAGCAAAUCGUGGGGGCAGCACAAGUCCAAAGGAUGGGGAGAUAACAAGAAAAAGGUUGCAGACGACAGCGAGGAGCAGAAAGAUGAUGAUCAGGUCGAGGGAUGGGGCAAGAAAAAGUUUGGGGGCUGGGGGGAGCAAAAGUCCAAAGGCUGGGGAGGGGAGAAGAAACAAGUAGCAGACGACAGCGAAGAGGAGAAAGAGGAUAAUGAGGUUGUCGUUGGAUGGGGCAAAAAGAAGUUUGGGGGCUGGGGGGAGCAAAAGUCCAAAGGCUGGGGCAAGGAAGAGAAAAAGGACUCCGACGAUGACGAGGAGAACUUCAAAGAAAAAAUGAGGGAACAAUAUUUGGAAUUCAAAGAAUAUCUUAGACUCAAAGCUCUCAAAGCUAACGAAGAGAAGGAGGCUAAAGCUGAGAUCUUGAAGCAGAUGGAAAAAGUUCAAAUGAAGAAAUGGCUGGCUGAAAAACUGAACCAGGUCAGUGCGGAGUUCGAGGAGCAGAAGAUGAGCUUCGUUUUCAACCUAACAGAACACUUCCUGGGACUGUGUCAAGGCGAGAGUGACCCUCGAUUGGUCCUGGAAAGAUUGGCCACUGGUUAUUUCGCUGUCCCUGAAGAGAGUAUUCCAACAACCAAUGGCAGUGGAAUGCCCUUUGACAACCAAAUGGGGGAUACUAUUGGAUUCUUUAAUGGUUCUUUCCCACAGAUUUUAAACGAUCCAAUAUUCAGACAGCGCAAGGUGGAGACGUUUGCUGCCAUGGAGGCCAAGGAGAGGGUCAAGCAUGUCCUCAAGGGAUACGUCCACAUCAUGUGCGCUGCUGCUGAACAUCUGACCAGCUUCGUGGAGCUGGUGGAGACACAGGUCAUCGCCUGCAAGCAAGGGCUGGCCACAUGUAAUUUCCCAAUCUCUGGCUAAAAAAGGGGAAAAUUUUGUUGUUUUUCAUCUUGUUUCUAUAAAUAAAUACAAAAAUUCAA